GAGCAGGGCCGGCCGGAGCGGGGCGAGCGUAGCAUGGCGGAAGCGGAAGGGAGUUCUCCGCUCCUGUUGCCGCCGCCACCGCCCCCUCCCGGGAUGGCGGAAGUGGAGGCGCAGACGGCGGCCGAGACGGACAUGAAGCAGUACCACUGCUCCAGCGGCGUCACCAUGGACGUGGAGCGGAGCCGCUUCCCCUACUGCGUGGUAUGGACGCCCAUCCCGGUGCUCACGUGGUUUUUCCCCAUCAUUGGCCACAUGGGCAUCUGCACAUCCACAGGAGUCAUUCGGGACUUUGCUGGCCCUUAUUUUGUCUCGGAAGACAACAUGGCCUUUGGAAAGCCUGCCAAGUACUGGAAGUUGGACCCUGCGCAGGUUUAUGCUAGCGGGCCCAAUGCCUGGGACACAGCUGUGCAUGACGCCUCUGAGGAGUACAAGCACCGCAUGCACAAUCUCUGCUGUGACAACUGCCAUUCACAUGUGGCAUUGGCCCUGAACCUGAUGCGCUACAACAAUAGCACAAACUGGAACAUGGUGACCCUCUGCUUCUUCUGCCUGCUCUAUGGAAAGUAUGUCAGCAUCGGAGCCUUCGUGAAAACCUGGCUGCCCUUCAUCCUCCUCCUUGGCAUCAUCCUGACCGUCAGCCUGGUCUUCAACCUGCGGUGAUAGCUGCCACAUGGCCUCAAGUCCACCGGGCUUCCAAGGAGGAAGCCCCUUUUGGUCCCAGAUUCUUUCUCCUCACCCACAAAGGCAGGAGUAGCCUGCUCUGUUGGACUUGGGGACUGGGAGGGUGGGUCGAAGGGACUAUGAAUGAGCGUAGGGCAGGGUUGUCUGCUUGUUGUGUCUCACUGGCUACUCAGAAGCUCCCUGUCCUGUCCCCUCCCCCUGGACUCGUGGCCCUGCCCUUGAAGCACCCUCUGUGUCCACCUGUUGGGAAGACCCUGCCUGUCCUAGAGCUCCUUUGGCCACAUCCCAGUGCCCAGUGUGGACAGGGACCCACCAGACAAGGCAGCACCAUGACCAGAGGUGGAUUAGGAUCCUGCCCUCUGCCAGUAGCUCUGGUUCCAAGGUGGGUUAGGGUGUGCUAUACCCUGGAGCCUUCCCCUUUGGCCUCUAGAAUGUUCCAGAGGGCUGUUUGGGUCCCUCUUUCAGAUGUCUGUCAGAAACUGCCCUGGGAUGCUGUACCCAUCUCCUGGUGCCCUCCAACCCAUGCAGUCUCCUCUUCCCCCUUCCCAGGACCUCCCAGCACUUGGGCCCAUCUGCCCUGCAGUUUGGGGCCUGGCUAGUGAGGUGAGUGAAGUCGACAUGUGCAGAGGGGCCCCUGGAGACCAGGUGAUGUAGACCCACGCUUGGUCCCCUUGGGGCCAAAGCCAGUGCCAUCAGGGAGCAGGAGACAGGCUGUUUCCUCCCACCUGACUACAGUGCCCCACUUGAAGUUGUCAGAAAAGGCCCUGUGCUGCCACCUCACCCCGCUGCUCCAUGGGCUCCUUUGUGAGGGGCUCCCUGGCAGGACAAUAAAGAGUUUUGAGUCGA